AUGGACGCAGUGGCUGUGUAUCAUGGCAAAAUCAGCCGGGAGACAGGGGAGAAGCUCCUGCUUGCCACCGGUCUGGACGGCAGCUAUUUGUUGAGGGACAGCGAGAGUGUCCCAGGGGCGUACUGCCUGUGUGUGCUGUAUCAAGGUUACAUUUAUACAUACCGAGUAUCCCAGACAGACACAGGUUCUUGGAGUGCUGAGACAGCACCUGGGGUUCAUAAAAGAUUUUUUCGGAAAAUAAAAAAUCUCAUUUCAGCAUUUCAGAAGCCAGAUCAAGGUAUUGUAAUACCUCUGCAGUAUCCAGUUGAGAAGUCCUCAGCUAGAAGUACACACGGUACUACAGGGAGAAGAGAAGAUCCUGAUGUCUUCCUGAAAGCACCAUGA